AUGGGUUCUAACGAUUUCAUGCCGCGUCUUGUGCCAGAUGCCCUGGACCAAGAUGCACUCUCCAACCCGGAACGCCUCUUCUGCAUACACUCGGUAUCCCUCAAGAGUCUCUGCUGCGGAUGGCGGCGAGUGACCGUUGGCGACCUAGCCCACGCAGUGGACAAGUUUGCGUGGUGGCUUGAAGAGACCGUUUCGUCCCGCAAAACGCCCGAGAGACUCGUUUAUAUUGGGCCAAAUGACAUCCGCUACGCCAUAGUCGUUCUUGCGUGCAUGAAGAUAGGCCACUGCGUCCUUCUCCUAUCACCCAGCACGCAUCCAUCCGUGGUUGACCAUCUUCUCACAUCUGGAAAUUGCUCCAAGCUGCUGUUCGCCCGUGAGCUUAUCGACCAAGUCCAGAGUAUCACCAAGUCAAAUGCAAACCUUCAGACAUGGGAAGUGUCGGACCUCUGGGCAAUGUUUAAUGGUCCAAAGAGACCAUUUCCCCACUCCAACGAAUAUACCCUGGCCAGAGAGAAACAACCGGCUAUUUUACUUUACAGCUCAGGGACUACAGGACUACCAAAAGAGAUAGCUAUCCCACAUGGAUAUUUCAGUGCAAUGGACUAUUCCAACCAUAUUCCAUUGCCAGCGGGAAGAAAGCCGACAGCCCCCUGGAUGAGCCACCCCAAUGACCCGCAUCUGCUGAAGACAAGCAUGUUCCAUGGGACUGGUAUUCUGGCAUGGGUAGCUGCCAUCUUCCAUCACACACAUUUCGUUAUGGGACCCGAUGUGCCACUGACUGCAGCGACAUUGAAGGCAAUUGUCUCCGAGACAGGCGCAAAGUCAGGUCUCUUUAUACCCGACAUGCUAACAAGCUUGAGUAUGUCAACGGAUGGAAUGGAGGCCUUGGCAAGGUUGGAGUGCAUAAGUUUCGUCGGCAUGCCUUUACCAUCACGCGUUGGUGAUAAAAUCGCACGCGUUACGCAGUUGCAAGGAUGUACUGGUAUGACCGAGAGUGGCUAUCUCUAUACCAUACGACCUAGAGAUCGCAAGGACUGGGAAUACUUCGAAUGGAACUGCCACCAUCCGGUACAGAUGCGGGAUCACCCCAGUGGAUAUUUCGAGUUGGUCAUCACACGCCCGCCUGGCUGUUAUACGCAUGCUCUCUUCUUCGUCCACCCCGAUCAACAAGAGUUCUGUACGGGAGAUCUGUAUAUCCAGCAUCCUGAGCACCAGGGGCUUUGGAAGGUUGUUGGCCGCAAGGACGACGUGUUUAAGGUGCAAAACCGGGUGUUUCUCCAUCCAGCCCCUAUUGAGAAAACUCUCGAGGGACACAAGUUAGUUUCUAGGGCUGUGAUGACACCCGACCCUGCCCUUCGUGUGGUACUCAUUAUAGAGCCGGACCGGAGAGUGGCAGGGAGCUUGCUGCCACCCGACGAGAUCAUCGACAGGCUCUGGCCUUUGGUGGACAAACUCAAUGAUGGCCUCCCUGUCGAGGCUCGAAUGGAAAGGAGUCGGAUUGUGGUUGCUCCUGUUGAUAAGCCCUUCAAGAGAACAGCAAAGGGAACAGUCCAGCGUCGUCUCGUGCUUGAUGACUUUGUAAAGGAAAUAGAGGCGGACCUUCACAGCGUAUCCUGA